UGUGUCCCCACUGUCCCAAAAGAGGGACUGAUGCUGGACAGGACUGUCCUGAACCCCUUGGUCCACCUAUCUCAUCUGUCCCAGUUUAGUUCUGCAUCUACUCCCACUGGUGUACCUUAAGAGAAGAACAAUACAGCAGCAGAAAUGGAUGAUGUCUUCACGCAGUGCCGGGAAGGCAAUGCAGUAGCAGUUCGCUUAUGGUUGGACAAUACAGAGAAUGACCUCAAUCAAGGAGAUGACCAUGGCUUCAGCCCUCUCCACUGGGCGUGCAGGGAGGGCCGCUCCAAUGUGGUGGACAUGCUCAUAAUGAGAGGAGCUCGCAUUAAUGUCAUGAACCGUGGAGAUGACACGCCUCUGCACCUGGCCGCCAGCCACGGUCACCGAGAUAUUGUGGGAAAGCUGAUCCAAUGUAAAGCGGACACUAAUGCAACCAAUGAACAUGGGAACACACCACUGCAUUAUGCCUGCUUCUGGGGCCAAGACCAAGUGGCUGAGGACCUUGUGACUAAUGGGGCUCAGGUGAGCAUCUGUAACAAAUAUGGGGAGACCCCCCUGGACAAAGCCAAACCUCACCUGCAUGAAGCCCUCAGAGAAAAGGCUGAGAAAAUGGGACAGAGCUUAACUAAAAUUCCCUUCAAGGACACAUUCUGGAAAGGCACCACCAGAACUCGACCCCGCAAUGGCACUUUGAACAAACACGCAGGCAUUGACUACAAACAGCUCUCCCUCCUGGCUAAAAUAAAUGAGAACCAGUCUGGAGAGCUAUGGCAGGGGCGCUGGCAAGGAAAUGAAAUUGUGGUCAAGGUGCUAAAAGUUCGUGACUGGACCACAAGGAAAAGCAGAGACUUCAAUGAGGAAUACCCCAAACUCAGGAUAUUUUCCCACCCGAAUGUCCUGCCCAUGUUGGGAGCAUGUCAGUCUCCUCCUGCCCCUCACCCCAUCAUCAUCACACACUGGAUGCCUUAUGGCUCCCUCUACAACGUGCUGCAUGAAGGCACCAACUUUGUGGUGGACCAGACACAGGCCGUGAAGUUUGCGCUCGACAUUGCUUGUGGAAUGGCUUUCUUACACACGCUUGAACCCAUGAUCCCUCGCCACCAUCUCAACAGCAAGGGUGUUAUGAUAGAUGAAGACAUGACAGCCAGGAUCAGCAUGGCAGAUGUCAAGUUUUCCUUCCAGUGUCCUGGAAGGAUGUACUCGCCUGCAUGGGUAGCCCCUGAGGCCUUACAAAAGAAGCCAGAAGAGAUCAAUCGUCGCUCAGCAGACAUGUGGAGCUUUGCUGUCAUGCUGUGGGAGCUGGUGACCAGAGAGGUUCCCUUUGCUGACCUGUCCAACAUGGAAAUAGGCAUGAAGGUUGCCUUGGAGGGUCUGAGGCCCACCAUCCCUCCCGGCAUCUCACCUCACAUUUGCAAGCUCAUGAAGAUAUGCAUGAAUGAAGAUCCAGCAAAAAGGCCUAAAUUUGACAUGAUUGUGCCAAUUCUGGAAAAAAUGCAGGACAAGUGAAAACCUUCUUCUCUCCUCCUGUACUGAAUUCUUGGAUUACUGGAUUUCUUCCUCCAGAUAUCUCUCUGAUGUGGUGGUGUGGUGCUUACCAGUAUUGCCUUAAACUCUUUACCGCUGCAUUCAGCACCACUCUAGCUUCUACUUCUGAGAUGAAUUCAGCAGCAUCACUUCUUUUAUAUGUUUUUUUUUAUUAUUAUUUUCUCGGAGCUAGUUUUAUCAUUGUCACUGAUACUGGGUUCGCUGGAGCCUAAUCUUCACUGUUCAUCUUCUAAACUAUAAUCAUGCAGACUGAGUACAGUCUUCAAGUGACCAAACAACCUGUGGAUUGAAGCAUGACAGUCUGGUGCAUUUCUUCACUGGAGUUAAGGCCUUAUUUUGUAUCUGAAGUGGGCUUAUAAUUAAAGAGUCACACUGUAAGGAAACGGCUCCCUUAUACUGUCUGCUCUUAAUUUUUCAUGAUAUAUUUACCCAAAACGGAAAGUGUUGUAUUAGCAACAAACUGGGCAAGCAUGACAAAAGUCUGAAACUAGGCAUUUAAACAUAUACUUAAGAGGUUUUAUGUGAAUGAGUGGUGCACAUAAGAGUGUGUUCAGGAGCAGUACUGUGCCAUUCAGCUUGGCUGUGUAGUGCUGUGUAGAGCUUGGCCUGUCUUGAGCAUUGGGCCCCGACUGUAUCAUGUACAACUUGUUGCUUAUUGCAAUUUUGGGAAAAUAACUUUCCAAAUGUGCUUCAAGAUUUCUGGUUUCUCUUAAUUGUAAUGAUUAACUGUAAUCUAUUUUCAUGAUUUUCCCUUCAAACUAUUAAGUUUAAUUCUUUUUUGAGUCCUGUUGGCUGUACUGUUCAACACUGAGUAUAGGCAAUUUUUGUUUAAAGUGUUAGCGCUUAACUCAAGUGUUCCUGUUGAAGACUGGCAAUGUAAUUCUCCUUUUCCAACGUAGUAUCAGGAUUAAAUACUGCAACUCAAGACUGUAAUUUAUUCAUGGAUAUCAUAGGUACAGGUACAAUUUGUUGUUUUGUUGUCAAGCAUGAGGUUUGUCUUUACUCAGUUUUAUGGCAACAUCAGAAGCUGCUGCCAGCACAAGAUGGCUGGGCCAUAAGGGGCGGUAUUGACACCCUACAAACUGUUAAGUUGGUUUCUCACUUGUUUUUAUUUUUGUCCUCUAGAAUUACUUCUGACUUUAUUUCAGUCUCAUGGGUUGUUUAUUAGACCUGCAUCGUUUCU